CAUGGAGAUCUGUGACGAGCGCAGGAACGUCACCAUGUGUCCGCUGUGUGACCGCGUCUGCAGCUACUGGAGCCUGAGCACCGCCUGCGGGACGGCCCGCGCCAGCCACCUGUGAGGCGCUGAAGGGUCAUCCGAGAGCUGAAUAUGAGUCCAGAGUGAUGCAGAAAUCCCUGAAGAGAGAGCAGAACUCUGAGAAGCCGCAGAAGGAGAAGCUGACCUGCAGAGACCGCAUGCCGGCGUACAUGACCAACCUCAUCAUGAUGAUCGGUGUGACCUUCGCUAUUGUGUUCGGUGUGAUAUUAUACCGCAUCUCCACCAAAGCGGCUCUGGCCAUGAGCUCCAACCCGAUGACGCGCUCCAACGUCCGGCUGACGGUCAAGACCACGGCGGCCAUCAUUAACCUGGUGGUGAUCCUGAUCCUGGAUGAAGUUUACGGAGCCGUCGCGCGCUGGCUCACCGUCCUCGAGGUCCCGAAAACUGACAAGAGCUUCGAGGAGCGGCUGAUCUUCAAAACCUUCAUCCUCAAGUUUGUGAACGCCUUCACUCCCAUCAUCUACAUCGCCUUCUUCAGAGGCAGACUCGGCGGCCGUCCAGGCAGUUAUCUGUACGUGUUUGAGUCCUACCGCAUGGAGGAGUGUGCUCAAGGCGGUUGCCUCAUGGAGCUCUGCAUUCAGCUCAGCAUCACCAUGCUCGGGAAGCAGCUCAUCCAGAACAACCUGUUCGAGAUCGGCAUCCCAAAAAUGAAGAAGCUGAUCAGAUUCAUCAAAUCUAAGAGACGCUCCUUCCAGGAGGAGGAGUACGAGAAGAAGCUGCAGAGAUACGAGACAGACUACUUCCUGGAGCCCUUCGUGGGCCUGACGCCCGAAUACAUGGAGAUGAUCAUCCAGUUCGGCUUUGUGACUCUGUUCGUGGCCUCGUUCCCGCUGGCGCCGCUGUUCGCCCUCCUCAACAACAUCAUCGAGAUCCGUCUGGACGCCAAGAAGUUUGUGGCAGAGCUCAGAAGACCAGAUGCAGCCAGAGGCAAAGACAUCGGAAUCUGGUAUAAUAUUCUACGAGGAGUCGCAAAAGUGGCUGUUAUUGUCAAUGCAUUUGUGAUCGCCUUCACGUCGGACUUCAUCCCCCGGCUGGUCUAUCAGUACAUGUACAGUCCCGACGGCUCCAUGCAUGGCUUCGUCAACCACACGCUCUCCUACUUCAACGUCAGUCACUUCCAGAAUGGCACAGCACCACUGGAGCCCUUUCACCUGGGCUUCCACGUGGACAUCUGCAGGUUUAAGGACCACCGUGAGCCGCCCUGGUCACCCACACCCUACGAGAUCUCCAAAGAGUUCUGGGCUGUGCUGGCCGCCCGCCUGGCCUUCGUCAUCGUCUUUCAGUCAUCAUGCUGAAGCUCCUCUUUCACAUGCAUACUCUCUCACACACACCCAAACACACACACAGGAUUAUUGGUGUGUGUGUGUGUGUGUGUGUGUUCUCCUCAACACACUCUCGCCGCUCAGAGAUGAACACUGCUGUGCUGUUAGUGCUGUCCUGCUGUUUAUUAUGAUUAUGACUGACACUGAUGUGUGUACGCUGAUGCUGCUCUGUCUGCUCGCCUUCACACACACACACACACACACACACUA